AUGCAGUUUCACGUUUCUGAUCAGGAGCACCUACGAAAAUCGGAGGAGGACGUUCAACUUCUGUACAGUAAGUGGCGGUUCCUUGGAACUGUUUUUUUUGUGCACUCAACGAACAUAGUGAAAAAAGUGGUGAAUUUAGACAGGUUGGCAAUGUUAGACGCCUCUGGGUGUGCUCUCUUAUCGGAAACCACGCAUCUCAAUCAAACAGUCGACACUGCUCGUGAGAGUGUGAAAUCCGUGCGCUCAAAAAUAGCUUGGCUACAUCUCUACAGUGAGCAACCUGAAACGGGUAGUCUACGUAAAUUGAUAGUGAGAGCGAGAAUUGCCACGCCAAGGGAGGAUGGUUGCGGAUACAUGGAUAAGCAAGAGCUUGCCUUUCGCCGACUACAGUUUGAGAAAGUGUACUGCUUUGGUGGAGGUGAGAGAGACACACAACUACAAAUCGAUUUCAGUGGUUUCAGCUUGAAGCUGUGCAUUCUUGAGCUCGUGCGAAGAGAGUUCCGUCAUUACGCUGAAUUAUUCCAGUUGGCCAACAUUCUAUUACAUGAAGAAACAUCUCGACGGGGAGGUUUAAGCUCGUUGUAG